CAAUUCAUCUGAUGUAUUUGGUACCUGUUCUAAAGAAACGAUUCGAAUAUGGAAUAUAAAAACUAGCCAAGAACUCUUGCGAAUAACAGUAAAGAACAUGGUUUGUAAUGCUAUGUGCUUUUCUCCAAAUGGACAAUGUAUUAUUAGUGGAUGGGAUGAUGGUAAUAUAAGAGCUCAUACUCCAGAAACUGGGAAAUUAUUAUUCAUAAUUCAUAAUUCUCAUAGUAAAGCAAUAACUGCAGUAGCGAUGACAUUAGAUUCAAAUUUCAUUAUUAGCAGUGGUAGUGAAGGAGAAGUACGCUUAUGGAAAAUAUUGUCCAAUAAGCAGUCCCUCGUAACAUCAAUGAAAGAACAUAGAGGUCCGGUUUCAUGUAUUCGAGUGCAUAAAAAUGAGAAAGAAUGUGUAACUGCCAGCACAGAUGGAACUUGUGCUAUCUGGGAUUUACAAGACUACAAAAGGAAUCAAAUUGUAUCAUCUCAUAGUAUAUUUCAUGAAGUAUGUUAUGGUGCAAAAGAAUGUCAAAUUGUUACUUGUGGUACGAAUCGGAAAAUCGAAUUCUGGGAAGUUUAUGACGGUUCCAAAAUAAGAACUUUGGAUGCUUCCAAUCUAGGAUCAAUUAAUAGUUUGGAUGUUACACCGGAUGAUAAACAUUUUGUAAGUGGUGGAGAAGAUAAAUUAUUAAAG